AUGCCAUCUACACAGUCAGAUUAUUUAAGUGACUCUGAUGAUUACUACAAUAAAUGUGUCUACAUGUAUAUCCCAAUAUUAUUAGAUAGUGAAUCAAAUAUAUUUGACAAGAAAAUAGAUGGUAUCACAACAUUUAAAUGUGGAAAACAAAUUGAUUUAAUAAAAUCAAUAGAAUUAUAUUCAACAAAGCAGAUUCAAUUUGAUAUAGAAGAUGGUACACAUGAGAAUAGAUUUACUAUUUAUGGAAAGAAUCCUCAUUUAAGUAGAAUGGCAAAAACAUUAAAUGUCAAAACAAUAGAGGUUAUGUUAAAUAGAUUUACUCAAUACGAUUUUGUAAGAUGUCUAAAUGAAUAUAUAUACUCAGUAGAUAAACAAAAUGAGAACAAAGGAUAUAUCUACAAACUAUAUGAUAUUAGUAUUACUACUACUGAUAGUUCAUCGGAAAUAUUACCAAGUCCUACUAAAAUAUAUGAUAGAGGAACAUCUACAGAAGAAUUGAUUAGAGAUAUUGUACAAGACAGAAUGAUAAUAGAGAAGUAUUAUAUCAGUGUUGAAAUAUGA